UUACAUCCACUACGGACGCUUUGUUGUCAUCGCUUUUCUCCUUCUGCUGGUUUCGGGCGAAUUAUUUUGCACGCAUUCAAAAAUUAACGCCGGAAUUCUAACAAAAAGUGAUAAAAAACUAAUUCAAAAUGAACAGAACAGUGAAACCGCGCAAGAAAAAAAGCAUAGAAAUGACACGGGAAGAGACGCUCUACUUCAUCGAGGAGCUGAAAAAGUACCAUUGUCUGUGGGAUCGCAACGACGAGGGCCACAAGGAUAAGCAUGUGCGUGACACGGCGUGGGGCGAGCUUUCCGUCAAGCUGGGCUACAGUGCGGACGAUCUGGUGGAAAAAUGGGCCUCCCUACGCUCCUCGAUGCGCCAGUACCGAUGCACGAUACGGAAAAGGAAUGCGGCUGGCAUUGACACCCGGCUGCCGUUCAUCAAGUGGCCCUACUUUUCGGCCAUGCUGUUUACGGUAAGCGAAGAGCUGGAAGGUUUAGAAGACAGUCCUAUGAUAGCGCCACCGACAAGGAUCCGGCUACCGCGAGCAGACCAGGAUGAAGGCGAAGCAAGUCCAUCGAAACGGACGAAACUGGAGGACGCAUGCAUGGAGGAGUCGAAUUCAGAAGAACUGCCCACAAGCUCCACAACAACGCAAGAAGUGGGCGAUCUAGUGAUUAAACGAGCACCACCCCCCGCACUGAUUAGGCCAGUGAAGCAGUCCAAGCUGAUGGCCAAGCCGCGCUACAGCAUGGCACCGGAAUUUGUUGCGGUCAAGGCGGAACCACGGUCGCGCUCGCCGUCACCGACCCCGGGCGAGGUGCGCGGGUGCAAUAUACUGCACACACAGGACGAGGACGAGAUAUACGGGCACAGUGUGGCGCUGCUGCUGAAACAGUUCUCGGCCAAGACGAAGCGGAAGCUGCGCAUCCAAAUACACGACCUGAUAGCGAAGGCGCAGAAGCACGCGUUCGAGAAGCAGUUCGGUGUGCCUUACGAUGGGAAAAAAUGAUAGCUUCCAAGGAAGGCGCACAACAGCAGCAGUAGUGUGUAAGGAAAUAGAGUAUUAUUAAGUUGUUUUUCGAAUGUAUGACGAGCAUUUAGCAGACGCCACAAACCCCACAAAUUGUGAAGGAUUAUGUUCCGUGUAUUUUAAGGAUUUCGUUAUCCUUCGUUUCAACAAUGAGAGCGAGAAAAUAGUAACAAGAGUAAUACAUGUCUACCACACCGACAAUUGGCUAAAUCACACUAUUAAACAGAUUUGAUCUAUAGUGACACGCGCACGGUGUGCGGUCUUGUCAUUGUUUUUGCCUACGCAAUGGCCCACCCCCGCCUUCCCCAACACAUACCUUUGGUAACGAUACAACAUAUAAACGUAGAACCCCUCCUCCCAGCACCCUACCCUACAAGCCCAACACGAAUGGAUUAAUUUAUACGGCAAUUUUCUUCCCCUUAUCCUACCAUCCCCCGCCGUCCCACUUUCUAGUAUGGAAUUUGAUUCUGAUAAUACUGGAUCAUGUCGUACGUGCGCGUGCGGAAGUUUUGGUACGAGUUGCGUAUCACGCCGAGCAUGUGGGCGGCCGCCUCCUUGCUGUUCUUGGUCGGCACGAACCGCUGCUUCAGCAGCGUGAUCGUUUGCCCUCGGAAGCAGGGCAGCCCGGUGUCGAGCAUCAGCGACACCAGCGUCACGAUCGCGUCCUGGUACGGGCGAAUCGCGAGGAACGACUGGACGCACAGAUCGCAGAACCAUUUGAACGGGGCCGCCUCCAUCUUGCCCCCCAUCACCAUCACCAUCUCGUCCGUGAGCUUAAGAUCCGGCUCGAAGCCAAUGUUGCCACCCGGGGACGAUUCAAACAUGAAGCCAAAGUCUAAAAAGAGGGAAAACAAAUUGAAUAAAAGUUUCGUUCCAAAUGUACCAAUAAAGUGGAGAUGUUUUCGA